UUUCUCAUUAUGUGAAUUUUUUCAUUUAUAAAAGAAAGAUGUUUUAGGUCAGUUAAGGCAUAACUGGUUUACUCAGGUGUCUAAAUAAAUUUAUACCCUUAAUUUUCUAUUCAAACUUCUCGUUCUUCUUCAGCUUCUUCUUCUUGGCUGUUAUACCAAUGGAGUCUUCCAACGUGUUUGGAGGAUCAGGUGAAGAAUGUAACAGCUGUGAAUCUGGUUGGACCAUGUAUAUUGGCUCUGAUCAUGAUGAUGAAGAACAAACUGAUGAUACUGAUGAUAAUGACGACGACGACGAUGAUGCUGACAGUGAUGAUUCCAUGGCUUCUGAUGCAGCUUCUGGCCCUAGCUAUCCAUAUGGAAAUGGAGAGAGCGUUCGCCAUUUCAAGCAUGUUGAAAAAGUGGAGGUUGACGGCAGCUCAGGCAAGAAAGCUAAAAGACAAAUGGAAAGGCAAAAGGCUCAACAUGGAAAAAAUCAUGAAGAGAAAGAAGAGCAUGCUUCUGAAAGAGCUUCUGGUCGAAGUGACUCCAAGGUAGAGACAAAUAAUGUCAGGAUAGGCAAAAUAAAAUAGACCAUAUUUUCUCCUUUACCCUCUUGUUUCUGGCAUUGCCUUUGAGCUUUGUAGAUUGGCUGAAACUGCAUGUAGUACUAAAUCAAAAAUAAUACUUAAUUAAUUUUAAGUAAGAGUUAAGUUGAUUAAGAAAUUUUCAUUUUUAGCUGAGA